AUGGUGGAGGUUCCUGGCUCUGUGGGCACAAGUGCAAGCCUUUCCUUGAGAUUAGGUCAAACGGUGUUAGCAUCUGGGACUCUUCUCUUCAUGACCAUUGGUGUUCGCUUCUACCAGUUCACUGCUUUCUGCUACUUGGUGACGAUCAUGUCUUUAGCUAUACCGUGGAAUUUGACAUUAGCAAUGGUAGAUAUAUAUUAUGUUCUUCUCAAACAACCAUUUCAAAAGCCACGGCUCCUUCUCGCUAUCUCCAUUGGCGAUUGGGUGGUGUCUGUUCUAGUGUUGGCUUCAGCUUCAUCAGCAGCAAGUGUUGUAGAUAUUCUGCGAUCAGACGAAUCCGUUUGCCCUCCAACAAUCUGUAACAGAUAUCAGUUUGCAGCAACAUUAGCUUUCUUGACUUGGUUCUUGUCUCUUUCUUCUUCUCUCUUCAAUCUCUGGUUACUUCCCUCUCUCUGA